AUGUCUAAAAUAGAGUACUUUAGCCUAGAAGGACUGAGACUAGAUGGAAGGAGGAAGGAUGAGCUGAGAAAGACAAAACUGUACUGCGGCUCGGACUGUAGCGUUGAUUUUAUGGACUAUGAUGGAGUAUCGGAGUUGAUUCAAGGGUUAAAUAAAGUGCAAGUGCUCGUAAAGGGCCCACAAGAGGAUCCCAGAAGUUCUAAAAACACAUAUGGAAUUGCGGAGGAGAGGAUAGAUAUUAGGUGUGAGAUAGUAAUGGCAACUGAGAAAAGGGUUAAAAACUCGCAAAACGAAAGAGUAAUAAAGGACCUGUCGCUGUCAGUAAAAUCGACCUACCAGGAAAUGAUAAUAUCGCACUACUACAAAGGAUGCUCACUCAACGUGUUCGUGAACAUCAUAGAGUACGACGGAAGCAUCAAGUCCACAGUGUUGAACGCUGUGGGAGUGGCACUGGUGGACGCAGGAGUGGCAAUAAAGGACCUGGUGUCAUCCUCAACAGUAAUCAGUCUGGAUUCCAUAAUAUUAACAGACCCAAACCAAAUGGAGCUGAAAGCAUCGACGGCAGUGUUGUGUGUAGCAGUGGAAAGCUCAACAGACAAAAUCAUAUACAUGGACUACAAGUCCAAGAUACACCUGGAGGAGAUUAACACAAUGGUCGAAGCGGCAUUCGCAGCAUCGAAAAAGUUCACGGACUACGCGAGGGAAGUGCUCCGGAAUUAUUCAAAGAAAGCAGUAGCGUUGAAUCAAAAGAUACACUCGGAGUGA